UUCUCCCCUCCUUCCCGGACGCCUCCUCCCGGAAUCCCUGGUGGUUUUUUUUGUUUUGUUUUGUUUUGGAGCUGGCUUCUCGCUGGCGGUGCGGGCGAAGGCGGCUGAGGGCGCAGCUCAACCCCCGCACCGGCUGGGACGCGUGGGGCGGCGCGGGGCGCAGCGCGGACUUGGAGCUUACUGCCCGAACUACUACAGCUGAGUGCACGCACGGUGCGGGGAGGGGAUCGUGCACCCGGAUCCCUUAGUGGUGCUGGGGUUCUGUUUUCCACUGAGGUUAUUCUUGCGCGUGUGGGGUGCGGGGCGGGGGUGGAGAGGAGGGAUCGCUGAACUCUCAGAUCGGGGUCAGCUUCAGGCUUCCUGAGUGCUGAGGAAUUAGGCAAACAAAAGAGACCGCUCCGCGAGUGGCCACUAGUUGCUGGAGCGCCUCGUCUCCGGGAGAGGCCUGGAGCCCUCGAGGGCCGGCUACACCGCCAACUAGCCGGCCGCGGCGAGGUGUUGACGGCCUGCUGCGCGCGUGCGUGCCUGGCCCGGGUUGAACUCGGGCAUAUCCCCCCACCCCUUGACCUCGGCUCAGGAAGCUGCGCCUCGUUCCUCUUGGAUGGUAUGGAUUUUUGAGAACCCAGUGGCCCCAGAGGAGGAGGAGGAGGAAGGAGGAAGAGGCAGGUCCGCAGAGGAAUGUGAGUCUCCCCAGGCCAGCGGCGGCUGCCGGGAGGAGCAGGGAGCCAGCCCCGCCUGCUUGUCUGCAAGGCCCGGUUUCCUGGGGAAUUCUCUUCUAUUUUAGAACAUCGCUUGGGUGCAGAGUGUCAGCUUCUUGUCCUGCUUCACACAGCCGGCGCCUCCAGGUCACUUGACUUUUCUUCUGGGAGUGGGAGGAGGAAGAACAUGGCCCAGGAGCCCUCCCUCCCUGCUUUAAGCACAUGGCCACAGCCCUGAUAGGGCAGUCGUGGGCCUCUGGACGCUGCGUGAGAGAGAGAGUGGGGGGCAGUCAGACAGCAUCUGCAGGUGCAGAGAUCCUGCUUCCCGGCGCGGGGUGGGGGAGGCCGCCUAGAGACUGAGCUGGGACACCCUAAGCAAACCUCUAGGCUGGGCAGGACCCUCUGCUUCCCUGAGAAGUUGGCCAUCCAGCGCAGCCCAGCUGAGCCCAGCCAUGGCACUGAGAGGCCGGGCCCUGUAUGACUUCCACAGCGAGAACAAGGAGGAGAUCAGCAUCCAGCAGGACGAGGACCUGGUCAUCUUCAGCGAGACUUCUCUGGACGGCUGGCUGCAGGGCCAGAACAGCCGUGGGGAGACAGGGCUCUUCCCCGCCUCCUAUGUGGAGAUCCUCCGUCCCAGCACCGACUACUACAGCAGCGCGGUGGGCUCCCUGAGCACCCAGGCCAGUCUAUACGACAGCCCCAGGAGUGGAGGUGUCAGUAGCAGCGGCGGCUUCCUUUCCAACCAGGGCAGCUUCGAAGACGAGGAUGAUGAUGACUGGGAUGACUGGGAUGAUGGCUGCACAGUGGUGGAGGAGCCACGGGCUGGAGGCACCAAUGGCCACCCCCCGCUCAACCUCUCCUACCCUGGUGCCUACCCUAGCCAGCACGUGGCCUUCCGGCCCAAGCCACCCCUGGAGCGGCAGGACAGCCUGGCGUCAGCCAAGCGGGGAAGCGUGGUGGGACGCAACCUCAACCGAUUUUCCUGCUUUGUACGCUCCGGGGUGGAGGCCUUCAUCCUAGGGGAUGUGCCCAUGAUGGCCAAGAUCGCCGAGACAUACUCCAUCGAAAUGGGCCCACGCGGCCCCCAGUGGAAGGCCAACCCCCACCCGUUCGCCUGCUCCGUGGAGGACCCCACCAAGCAGACCAAGUUCAAGGGCAUCAAGAGCUACAUCUCCUACAAGCUCACGCCCACCCACGCUGGCUCCCCUGUCUACCGGCGCUACAAGCACUUUGACUGGCUCUACAACCGCCUGCUCCACAAGUUCACGGUCAUCUCGGUGCCGCACCUGCCGGAGAAGCAGGCCACAGGCCGCUUCGAGGAGGACUUCAUCGAGAAGCGCAAGCGGCGGCUCAUCCUCUGGAUGGACCACAUGACCAGCCACCCCGUGCUGUCUCAGUACGAGGGUUUCCAGCACUUCCUGAGCUGCCUAGAUGCCAAGCAGUGGAAGAUGGGCAAGCGGCGGGCUGAGAAGGAUGAGAUGGUGGGCGCCAGCUUCCUGCUGACUUUCCAGAUCCCCACGGAACACCAGGACCUGCAGGACGUGGAGGACCGGGUGGACACGUUCAAGGCCUUCAGCAAGAAGAUGGAUGACAGUGUCCUGCAGCUCAGCACCGUGGCUUCAGAGCUGGUGCGCAAGCACGUAGGUGGCUUCCGCAAGGAGUUCCAGAAGCUGGGCAGCGCCUUUCAGGCCGUGAGCCAUGCCUUCCAGAUGGACCCCCCGUUCAGCUCGGAGGCCCUCAACAGUGCCAUCUCCCACACUGGCCGCACCUAUGAGGCCGUGGGCGAGAUGUUUGCCGAGCAGCCCAAGAAUGACCUCUUCCAGAUGCUUGACACGCUGUCGCUCUACCAGGGCCUACUCUCCAACUUCCCCGACAUCAUCCACCUGCAGAAAGGCGCCUUUGCCAAGGUGAAGGAGAGUCAGCGCAUGAGCGACGAGGGCCGCAUGGCACAGGAUGAGGCAGACGGCAUCCGGCGGCGCUGCCGCGUAGUGGGCUUCGCACUGCAGGCGGAGAUGAACCACUUCCACCAGCGCCGCGAGCUGGACUUCAAGCACAUGAUGCAGAGCUAUCUGCGCCAGCAGAUCCUCUUCUACCAGCGAGUGGCCCAGCAGCUGGAGAAGACACUGCGCAUGUACGACAGCCUCUGACCACUGCCCGCUGGCAACCCACCCCGCCCGGGGGUGGGCCAUGCAGAGGGCCCCACCUUUCUGCGGAGUUGAAACCCCCCCAUCCCAUCCCUGGGAAAGGGGCAGCCAUCAGUCAUUCAAAGUCAGGCCUGGCCUCAGCCUCCCCCAGGAUAUGUUGUGUUCG